UACCAGGCCAUCAGCUCGAUCCUUUUCAUGCUUCAAGAUCGACACGGGAUUAACACCAAUGUGGAUCACUGAGCACUAGGUGAUGAUGAAGCUGCAUAUAUGCUUACAAAUCGUCAAUCUAUCAGACAAAUUAGAAAGAUCUGAAAUGUGUGCAUGCAUGGCAGGGAGGGAGGGCGGGCGUCACUUUGUGAUCCUGGAAUUCAUUCUUAUUCCAAAAACUGUGCAGUUCUCUCACGAAAUCAUCCAAGUAGCUAGCGGGAGGAAAUUGAGAAGGCAAAUUGCAGAGGUGAAUUCAAAAAGAAACGUGACAAAACAUAGUGUGUUGACAUCAAGUUGAUUGGUUGAGGAAUAUAUUCCAAGUGCUCAGUGUGAGCAAGCAAAGCAAUUCAGGUGGAGAAUUCUGUGAUCAUAUAUACAUGCGAAUGAGAGACUGUGUGUUGUAUCUUUUUCAUGCCAUCAGAAUCCAGCCUCCCUCGGUUAUUUACUCAACCAACAAAAAUAAUGUGCAGCAGCCAUCCAGACGACAUGAUUACAUGCAUUGGUUUCCUGUAUCAGGUAGAUGGUCACUUCCUUUACAAAAGCAUGUAAUUCUGAUUCUGCCACAAUUUUGGUGCAGUUUUUUUUUUUUUUUUUUUUUUUUGCCUUGGUGAUUUUGACAACAUAUGUGAUUAUUAUAUCUUGUUGAACGUUAUCAACAAUCUGCGUUUGUAGUCCAACGGUUAGGAUAAUUGCCUUCCAAGCAAUAGACCCGGGUUCGACUCCCGGCAGACGCAUCUAUAUUUUUUGCUAUUUUUUCAUUAACUGUCUGGAAAUAGAAUUUGGUUAUGGUAUCUCUGUAUCAGCAUCGAAAGCGUUCAAGUUCGCUUUGGAGAAGCAAAUAUGAAAGGGUUUUUGCAGGUAAAAACCCAACAAUGGAUUAUUAUUUUUCUACCAACGUGCAAAGGCUUGGAUUAAUGUGGGUCAGCAUUGCUUUGAACAAAGGCAAUUUCCUCCACAAUGGGAGGCCAGGCCAGUCCACCAGGGAAAGUGCAGCAACAUGUUUCGUGGGAAGCCCCUUCAAUUGAUUGAGUUGCUUUAAACACAGAUGUUUCUUUUUACUCUAACUCAGGCAAUGCAGCGGCUGGAAAGACUAAUUGAGAGAUUUCACAGGAAGAUGUCUGGCAGCCUUUACUUCCAAUCUGGGAACAUGUUCUAUCACGCAAGCUGAACUGCGAGGUGCGUUGGGUCAACCUUCAAUUUGAUUCCCUUAGUGUAGUGCAGCUGUUACACAAUGACAUAUCCGUGGGCAGUAAAUAUCCAACAUGUUUAUUAUCGAGAAUUCAAUAAGCGUGCCGAUUUUCUGACUAAUCGGGGGCAUGCACCUUCUCCCUUUUCUUUGUCAAAAAAAAAAACCUUCUCCCUUUUGGUUUUCAGAGUGUUUGGUUGAUGGUUAAGAAAUUCUUCCGUCCGAUAAAAGGAGGGUGUAUAAGUUUUUUUAUUUAAUUUUAAGAACGAGUGCUUUAUAAGUUGGAUGCGAGCAAUUGGUGAAAUUUGACGCUUUUUAAAGGAAGUUGAUAUAUAUAUAACCCGUCUACUAAAGAAUUAAGUUUUGAAAUAUAACUCGUUCUUUGUUGUCCAAAACAAACUAUUUAAUUUUUUUUAUUUUCUAAUUACUCCAAAGUCUUAAAAGUUGAAUUAAUAGAAUGUACUUUUUCUCAUUCUAUCUCAUCUCAGAGUAUCCAUUUGCUUGAAACGAAUAUGCCUCCAGUUAGCGGUGGGCAAACGGUUCGGUAAACCCAAAUCGAACCAAAACCGAAUUAAAUCGAACCAAAACCGAAUUAAUGUUAUUUGGUUCGGAAUUUGGAAGGAAAAUAUGGAUAGUUCAGAAAUUAGGGUUCUUUCAACAGAACCGAAUUUUCGAAUUUCCGACCGAAAAUCCGAAAUACUAUAAUUGCAAGCUCCAAAUGGUGGAUUUUUAUGUUUGCAGUUGUUUUUAGACUUAAAUAUUUGAAAUGUUUUAUGACUUAUGUGUUGAAAAGUUUGGUUUUAUGAUUGAUGAUGCAUAUAAUUGAUAUUUAUUGUUUAUAUUAGGGGUGAAAAAUAAUUUAAAAGUGAGAAAAUACAAGUAGUCACAAAUUCGGUUUUGUGUGAAAAACCGAACCGAACCGAAUUAUAGUUCGGUUCAAAUCGACCGAACCGAAUUAUAAUUUGGUUCGAAUUCGGUUUGAGGUUUGAGAGAAUGCGGGGACCCAGUAUUCAUAAUUUCGGUUCGGUCGAAACCAAACCGACCGAAUGCCCACCCCUACCUCCAGUUACUCUAUUGCCUCCUAUAAUUCUUCCAUAUUGCAAAUAAUAUUUUUUCUGACACAAAUCUUUCAAAGCUUGUCUCGAGAGGAAGCUUAUAUUGAUAACCAUUUUAAGGUAAAAACGGGUAUAAGUAAGAAUAUGAUAUCUCUAGUUACUUAAGUCAAAUAUAUCUUUCAUAAGGUUAAUUUUACUUCUAGUUACCACAUCACAAGGUAUGUUCAUUUAAAAUAAGUCAACUGAAAAAAGACAUCUAUUAUCCUUCUACUUUUCUCAUGACAAUACAUUGAUAAAAUUGAGAGACGAGGUGAGUAUAAUGAUAUAUAGUUGUAUUUUUCUGGUACAAAAGGGAAGACAAUGAGUAGGGUGAAGUGAGUACAAUGGUAGUCGUACAUAAUUGUAUUUUUCGAACACAAAUCACAACAUGUUUACUUGAAUCCAUAUAAAUUAUUUGAGAAUAAUAUCCACACAUUGUCAAUUGAUAACAUGGACUAUGCGAGUAUUUUGUGGGUAUAUGUUUUUAUUGCAAAUACUAUGUUAUGAACAAUAAGGAGUUAUUAACACUAUUACUCGAUCUAACUUAGAAUUAUACUCAUCGAGUCAUGAUUAGUAUUUCUAGUCUCAUCACUCCUCGUAUUUCGAAAUCCAAGAAUCUGCAUACUAUCUAAAAAUCUUACUCUUGCCAUUGCAAAUUAAAUUGAAUGCAGUCAAUCUAUAGUGAAUAAAUCUAAGUGAUUCUCUUAACAUAUAUAUUCUAAUUUUAAUACCCAUGAUGCACGCCCUUCUUCCUCUCUACUUUCCAAAUCGAGACAUUCAUCCAAGAAAUUUGUCAAAUUUUUUACAUCCUAUGUAUUUUAAUUUUUAACAUUAUCACGGUUACUACAACAUUCUAGGUUGCUCGAAUAGUCAGAAUAUAAUCCAUAGAAUCAUUGCAAUUUGCAAUCAAUAAUUUAUUAUAUAAAUAUAUACAAUUUUCUACUUUGCUCCAGUUUAACUAAUCUCUAUGAUUAAGCAAAGAAUAGGACUAAUCUGUCAAAUCAGUAUAUUCCUCAAAAUGAAAAUGCGCCAUUAUUAGUUAGUUAGUAAUUCGCCGAGGUAGACCAAUAAGUACCUCAUUAACUGCCAAAUGGCAAUUAGUUGGCCGGCCUGCUGAGUCCACACACAAAUUUCCGCUGUACCACCUCACACAGUAACCCAAACUCUUGAAGGUUGUUAUCGUAAAUUGCCCCCUUCCCUGCCUCCACCUUCUCCGUCCGAUCAAGACACCGCUGCGCAAAAAUCUCCAGACAAAAAAUCUUGCCCAUCCAGAAAAACGCUCCCGCCUCCGGUCAUCUUUCCUUCCUUCCCUUUUCACCGGCUGUCUCCCUCUGUUGACUUCCGGAUCUGACUCCUUUUCAACUCAACCCCAUUCCUCACCCCCUCGCCGGCAUGGGUAGCUGUAACAGCGUGCCUUCCUCCUCCUCCGCCACCGGUGGCGGACGCACCAACGGGAUCACUGUCCUCCCUCCAAACGCCGCCGCCGCGCCCCGCCCUCCCCCGCCGCCGACCCACUCGCAACCAGCCUCUUCCGACCACCCCGCCCCCUCUGCCGGCGUCGGCCGCGUCCUGGGUCGGCCGAUGGAGGACGUACGGUCCACUUACAUAUUCGGCCGGGAACUGGGUCGGGGCCAAUUUGGAGUUACCUACUUAGUUACCCACAGGGAGACUAAAGAGCAGUUCGCCUGCAAGUCAAUCGCAUCGAGGAAGCUGAUCAAUCGCGACGACAUCGAAGACGUCCGCCGCGAGGUGCAGAUUAUGCAUCACCUGACCGGCCACCGGAACAUAGUCGAGCUGAAGGGUGCAUACGAGGAUCGGCAUUCGGUUAAUUUGGUGAUGGAGCUUUGCGCCGGCGGGGAGCUCUUCGAUCGGAUCAUCGCCAAGGGACAUUACUCCGAGAGGGCAGCAGCUGGGCUUUGCCGGCAGAUGGUCACGGUGGUGCACAAUUGUCAUUGUAUGGGGGUUAUGCAUAGGGAUUUGAAGCCGGAGAAUUUCCUCUUCUUGAGUACCGCCGAGGAAUCGCCUCUCAAGGCUACUGACUUCGGGCUCUCUGUGUUUUUCAAGCCAGGAGAUGUGUUCAAGGAUCUCGUUGGAAGUGCAUAUUAUGUAGCUCCUGAAGUUUUGCGCAGAAGCUAUGGUGCUGAGGCUGAUAUUUGGAGUGCUGGGGUUAUCUUGUACAUUCUACUUAGUGGAGUUCCGCCAUUCUGGGGAGAGACAGAGCAGGCUAUCUUUGAUGCUGUUUUGCAUGGGCAUAUUGAUUUCUCUUCAGAGCCAUGGCCUUCCAUAUCAAGUAGUGGUAAAGAUCUCGUCAAGAAGAUGCUGAGGGCUGAUCCAAAGGAAAGGCUAUCAGCAGUUGAAGUGCUCAAUCAUCCAUGGAUGAGAGAAGACGGUGAUGCAUCCGAUAAGCCUAUUGAUAUUGCUGUUUUAUCAAGAAUGAAACAGUUCAGGGCUAUGAACAAGCUAAAAAAAGUAGCUCUGAAGGUAAUCGCAGAAAAUCUUUCCGAGGAAGAAAUCAUGGGGUUAAGAGAAAUGUUUAAAUCCAUGGACACGGAUAACAGUGGAACCAUAACUUACGAGGAGUUGAGGGCUGGUCUUCCAAAGCUCGGCACCAAGCUGUCCGAGUCUGAAGUCAGGCAAUUAAUGGAAGCGGCGGACGUGGAUGGAAAUGGAACAAUUGACUACAUAGAGUUCAUCACCGCAACCAUGCACUUGAAUAGAAUGGAAAGAGAGGAUCACUUGUACAAGGCUUUUGAAUAUUUCGACAAGGACAAGAGCGGGUACAUCACCAUGGAAGAGUUGGAGCAUGCGCUUAAGCAAUACAACAUGGGUGAUCCCAAAACGAUGAAGGAGAUCAUUGCAGAAGUAGACACUGACAAUGAUGGAAGAAUCAACUACGACGAGUUUGCAGCAAUGAUGAGAAAAGGCAGUCCAGAGUUGGUCCCCAACAGACGGCGCAAGUAAGCUGAUGGUAUCCGUCUGAGAUCCAUUCUCGACCACUUUAAGGUUUUGUAAUGCAUUAGGAACGAGUGUCUGUUGUUGAGAGAAGAGUGUGUUUGGCACAUUGACUGUUUCACAAUAAACGCGAUAGUAAAUUCCUCUUUACAUUUGUUUUUUUAUUAUCAGUGUCCGAGAGCAAUGAGCACCCAUAUCUGCUAUCUUUUCCCAAUUGCAUUAUGACGUGGAUUGGAAGUCAUCAAUGUCAUUGAUGUAAUUAUGCAAGCUUUCGUAGAAAGACCAAUUGCAAUGCCAACGUAGAUGGACAUCAUAGGGGGUCUGGUCCUAUUUUACUUUGUGUCAUUUAAAUGAAUUAAAAUAUACUUGAUAUGAGUUAAUUUUUUUUUAAUAUGCAAUUAUAAAUGAAUUUCAUUAAUGUAGGGGUAAUGAAAUUCAAAUGAGUUAGAUUGCAAAAAUUUGAUGAGGCGUCGAUAGAAAUCACAUCGCAAUUGACUUUGUAAUUGUAUGGAUGUUGAUGCUCUAACAACAACCUUAUUUGAUCUUCACUCUAUGACUAGUCAUGAGCUAUAUUUUUGUGUGCGGCACGCGAAGCGUGGUCGAGGCUUAGAGAUGAACAAAAAGAGCUGCAACCCAAAUCUACUCGUUCUAUUGAUCUAUUCGAUUCAAUUCAUUUAUAUUUACGGUUCAAAAUAAGAUUUAAGGUUGAGUUAGCAUUUUUUUACGAAAUCCUUCCUUUUGAGUUGGGUACCGGUUUUGCCUUUAAGUUCGUUUCAUUGGUGGCGCGUUGGUGGUCGGAGAGCUGGAAGAAGGUUCGUGGACUGUUAGGGGACUGAGGAAGAAAUGGGCUACCAACUAACUGGCAAUGUCGCAAACCACUCGAGUGUGUAUGACAGAGAGCAACCAUACCUUUUUCCAUCCAAAAACCAAGUCUUACGUUGUGCUUCCAUUUCCACGUCGAUUUCUUCAUCGUAUGCUGUUGAAAUAUACUAGUUCACUUUGCGCAUAAAAUUUUGUGUUUAGUUUAGAUAAAUAUUUCUAAUUUGUUGUAAAAGCGCCUGUUCACGUAUAUUGAAGUAGACUAUUCAUUUUUGUUUGGUAUUGAGUUAAACUUUUUCAACAUAAUGUUUGUCUAAAUAUGUUUUAGAGUUGGCUGUCCAUUGGGCGACAAAAAAACUCUUCUUUGGCAUGUCAAUCAGUAAGUAUUAGUUGUACUAUUUAUGCUGGUCCUAAUGUCUAUUUUUAUUCAAUUUUUUUCCGUAUUCUUUUAUAUUAUCCAAACAUAUUAAAAUGUUAUUAAUUAGCUAAUCUUUCGUAAUGCAUCAAAGUAUUAGCUAUUUUUACGUUAUCGUUAAUAUUUUUGUAACUCUUUAUUAGUUAAAAUACUAAAAUUUUGAAAUGUUGGUCUUCAUAUGUCUCUUCCAAUUCGGUAUCAUAUUGACAAGUCAAUAUUACUAACAAAAUUGCUAACUGAAAUUAACAUUUAGCUAAUUUUUAACAUUUUGAUAAAUUUAGAUGAUAUAAAAAAAAAUUGAAUAAGAAAUAGACAUUACUCAU